AUGGAAAUACUGACAUGUCCGAGGAAGAACCUGAAGUUAUUUCCGAAGGAACCACCAGUGAUAUGGAUCAAAACUCAGAAGUUAUUUCCGAAGGAACCACCAGUGAUAUGGAUCAAAACUCAGAAGUUAUUUCCGAAGGAACCACCAGUGAUAUGGAUCAAAACUCAGAAGUUAUUUCCGAAGGAACCACCAGUGAUAUGGAUCAAAACUCAGAAGUUAUUUCCGAAGGAACCACCAGUGAUAUGGAUCAAAACUCAGAAGAUUCUCAAGAGACCAACACUGAUAUGGAUGGUAUCUCAGCAGUUCUCUCUACCGAAGCCAACAGUGAAAUGGACCAAGACUCAGAAGAUGAUAACAGGGAGGUGUCAGAGCAACAAUCUGAAGUGGUUCCUGAAGAAACUACCUCUGACAUGGAGCAAAAUGAUGAUACGAUCGAGAACUCAGAGGAAGAACCUGAAGGAGGCAACACUGAUACGGACCAAACCCCAGAGGUUAAUGACAGCCAGGUGACAGAGGAAGAACCUGAAGUAGCAGACAGUGAUACGGAUAAAAGCUCACAAGAUGAUAAGGAGGAAACUAAAGCUGCUUCUGAAGAAACCACCAAUGAUAUGGACAAUUUAGAAGAGGAUCUUUUUGAAGAAGAGAGCGAGGAGUCAGAGAAAGAGCCCGAAGAUGACAAGGUGACAGAGGAAGAACCUGCAGCUGUUUCUGAAGGAGUCAACACUGAUAUGGAUCAAAACUCAAAAGAAGAAAGCUUUGAAGAGAUUGAAGACGUCAGCGAGGAAUCAUCUGAAGAGUUUGCUCCUACCGAGGAUUUUGAAGCUCAGGUUGCAGCAGAUGUUCGCGAAUCUGACAAAUCUCUGAAGGAUGAUGAUGAUGCCGAUGAUGAUGAUGAUGAUAAACAGGAUACAGGUGCAAUGAGUGAGGACAUAACAGAGGACGCUUCUCUGCAGAAGUCAGAGGAGGAGGAUGAAGAAGUGAAAAGGGAGAAGGAAGAAGAGGUGAAGGAGGAGGUUUCUCAGAAUGAUAACAGCAACAAAGACCAAUCCAACCCUGACAAUAUGUCGGAAACGGAGGACAUUUUCUCAGAUGAGUCCAUUGAAGCACCAACUUCUGACAAUGUCCCGGUUGACGAAUCCACUCCCACAGAUGCUGGAAAAUAGAUUAACAGACUGGUCCGUGGAAGCCCUCCAACUCCAGAAUGAGCCCCCGGCCCCUACGGUGAACUACUGCUGCCAUGGAAACUACAACUAAACUCAGCCGUCUCUUUCCUCCUUUCUUUUUGAUUUGAGGCUGCUUUUAUUUCAUAAAGGGAUAUUAGAAAAAUAUCUGCCCUCCAAUUUUGAGGUGCCCUAUAAUUUUAGCUCUUUUUCUUACCUGUCUGUCUGCAGAAAUAUUAAACCAGCAACUUAUCUCAGAUUUGCUUUGUGUGUCUGAUUUCACACAUUAAUGUGUACAUACAGUCUGUCGUUUGCUUUACAGACAUUAAUGAUUAUUUUUACAAGUUUGAAGUAUGUCCAGUCCUUCACUGUACACAGAAAAUGGCUAAUAAAGUGUGAACUGUUAGAAACUAAGUUUUUUUUCCACAUUGGAUUCUUGAAAUAAAAUAUUCUAUUUACAAAAU